GUUUAGACAGAUUAUAGUAGUUAUUAGGUUGUCGACAACUUUGUUUACAAAUGGCGUACUGUUGGUGAUAGCUGCUUGGCGAUAUUAGUUUAUUACGCCUACUAAUCCGUAUCUUUAGGCGAACUGUGUUAAACCUUAACCUAUUUAUCUAGUUAAAAUGGGUAAAAAGGUGGAAAAGAAUUUGUCUAAAGACCGGCACCUAUCAUCAGCACACCACGAAGACGAGAGUUUGACUAAAACACCAGAGAUAUUGCAUGAUGCUGACAGCUCAGAGCAGCCAUACAAAUGUGUCGGGAAUUUUUUAGUUGACUUUACAGAACUGUGCAAGCAAAACUCUAUGGCUGUCAUCCCAAGCGUGACUGUCCGCCCCAAACCUCCUGCAGGUCAGUCAGGUUCUGUUGAGUUGAAAUCUUCAAAAAAAGAGGAUAAAAAACAGGUGAUUCAAGUUCAUGACCCUGAGCCAGACACAGAGCACCCAGAAGAUGGAGAAGUGGGAGAGUGGCUUCCUAAAACCUAUACAACUAAACCAAAGUCUGAAUAUUUCAAGCCCUCAGUGCAGGUGGAGUUGGAUGUAGCUGAGAGAUGGGACACAGUCACUGAGGUGCAUGUGCGAGGCUGGAAGAUCGACACGUCUAUGAUGGAAACAUUUCGUCAGUGCUGGACCCUACUGGAGCGCCUGCAUACAAUCAACUUGUGGAACACUGGGCUGACUGAAGCUUCACUAGUCUCACUGGCCGCCUUUCUGCCUCUGUGUCUUCACCUCAGAAAUGUCAUCUUAGAUGGAAACAAUGUCAAGGGAGAGAACUGGUCCGAGCUGAUUGGUGCAGAUAGCUUGAUCCAGAUGUUGUCGCUGCGCCACUGCGGCAUCACAGACACCGGUGCUUGUGGCAUCGGCCGGGUGCUGGGGAACAUGAAAGCACCCAACACCAAAUUAAUUUCACUCAACUUGUCUGGGAACCUGAUAGGAGAUGUCGGGGCAGAGAGCUUGGCAUGGGGUCUUCGAAUGAACCGCACAUUAAUGGCCUUGACCUUGCUAGGGAAUAACAUUGGUAACAAAGGUGCCAUGAAAAUUUCAGAGGCCUUGUCGCGGUUCCCUUUGAGCCACGAAGAGACAGUAGAGAGACGCAAGCUGCUGUCUGACCACAGUUCUCCAGAGAGGAAGUCUCCAGCACUGAGCAGGAGGGCGGAGUCCAAGGAUAGGCCGGGCAGCGUGCGCAGCAUGACCACCACGGACAAAACUAAACUCAAACAAUCUGCCAAAAAAAAAGAGGUCAAAGGUAAAGACACAAAAGAUGAGACAAAGACAGUCAAAAAGGAAGAGCCAAGAGAGAGUAGAGGAUCCAAAACUAAAGGUUCUUUAAAAGCAGCUCUCCAACUGAUGGCCUCUGCCAGCGUUGCGGAGUCAGCCAAGUCACAGAACAAAGCAAAAGAGAAAAAAAAAGAGAAAACCAAAAGUUCCGUCAACGAGUCUGACGACUCCGACGCACUGAGUCAGGAGCUGAGUGACCAGAUGAACCCAUUGUUAGAGACCACGGACCUGCUGGAUGGCAACUUGUGGAUAGCUGGCAACAGGACACUCAUUCUCCUCAAUUUAUCACGCAAUAAGAUAGGCGCUGAGGGCAUUGAACAUUUGCUGCGGGCUGUCCAAUACCAGACAACACUGACAUCACUAGAACACAAGCCUGGCGCCAUGGGUCUGAUGCGGCUAGCACUCAACAAAAAUCCUGUGCCAGCUGACAAUGAAAGUUUGAAGAAAAUUUUGGACCUGAUGCAGCCUAAAGACCCUUUUUAUAUCAGCUCUGUGGUGGCCCCUUAACAGAUCAAUGUCUUGAGUGGUGUGCCCAGUCAGCUAUGUCCACAAAUAUCAAGUGAUAUUUUCUAACUUCUGCUUUACUCCAUUUUGUACAUUUAUAUUUAUAUUUUUUAAAUAUACACAUCCAAACAAAGCAGUAGCGUUUUUCUCAAUCACUUUGUUAAAAUGUACCAAAUAAACCAAUAAUUACCUUCUGAAUUGAUGCUGUGGCAAGUUUUUGGUUUGAGCAAAUAAACUCCGCUGAUUAAGUAUUGAAACAGAAUUUUAUUAGAUAAAUAAAACCAAUGAGCAGAAAUGUGACAAAGAUGCAUAUUU